AAAAAGCGAGUCUUUGUCUCGUUAACACUCGCUUUAUCAGUUUUAUAGAGUUCAUUGAAAUACGCAAUUUCCCCCUAACUAACGGCAGUUAUUCACGAAAACAAAACACUUAGUCUCAGAAAUACGGCUGGUCUAGGAAAGGCUUUGUUCUGAGCUUCAAGUCAUUUGAGAUACAGCUAUGAGCUCUCCGCCCGUGACAGAUGAACCUGUAAAAGGUCCUAAGGAUGCGCGACUCAUUCAUUUAAUUAUGAGUUCCUUGGGAGUUCCAGCCUAUUCACAAACUGUUCCCUUACAAUUACUAACAUUUGCCCAUCGCUAUACUCAACAAUUGGUCCAAGACUCUCAGGUUUAUGCGGAGCAUUCUCGUGGAAGCGGUGUUCCCAUUUCCGUCGAAGACGUUCGUCUAGCGGUUGCUUCGCAAGUCAAUCAUUCCUUCACGGGCCCCCCUCCCAAAGAAUUUUUGUUAGAACUAGCUACCGAACGGAAUAGAAAGCCGUUGCCCCAGAUUCAGCCAUCUUAUGGACUGAGGUUACCUCCUGAGAAGUUUUGCCUUACUCAGCCAAAUUGGAUUUCUAGCAACGAGUCAAAGACUUUGGAAAGUACACAGGAUGUGCCAGAAGACUCUAGGAUGGACGAGGAGCCAGCCGCCUCAGACGUAAAGGAGGAACCAAGAUAAUCAUAGGUUAAGUGUAACGAAAAGAAAGUAUUAUCAGUUCACGAAGGGAUGAUUAUCUUUUUUUUUCCUCGGCUAAAAGAAAAAAACUUAUGGUAAUUAUGUCUUUCGAAUUGUGCUCUAGUACUUACCACCGAGCUCAAUGGUCUAAAGGUGUAUAUUACGAGUAUAACAACGUAUAACAGAAAAGCAGUUGGCUUCUUUGUACUUAUUAAUUUUCUUAAUUCAUAUAAAUUUUGAACAUACGAUCUUAAAUGAGCCUGGCUUAGUUUGUGGGUCUGAUAAAAAUCUACUUGAACAAGUUUGCCGAAGGGAAGCCCUUCUAUAUAUCGAAGAUGUAUCAUUUUUAUUUUUUAACAAUUAUAUCUUGAAUGAAGAUUAAGAAUUCCUGUAUUAAAUGACUGUUUUUAGAAGCUUUGUAAAGCUUCUGAUCAUGUACAAUGUUUAAAUCAGGUUAAACUGGAUUUACGAGCGCAAAACGAGUUUAGGAAUAUUUUUCAUAUAAAACAUUUUUAUUCCCAAAAGUUACUACUCAA